UAACUGAAAUAUCAGCAAAAAAUAUUUUGCAAGAGUAAAAAAGAGGGAGAUAAAUUAGCAAUUAUUUAAACAACUGCAUAUAUUGUGCAUUUAAUAAUGACUUCUAAACCAUCUGCUGAACCUGUUAACUAUGCAAAUAAUCAAGUUGCUACAAGUUCAAAUCGUCUUGAAGUGAAAUCGCACGAGAAUAAGUUUCGAGAAGAAGAUCAGUAUUAUUUACCAGGAAGAUCACUUUGUAUUGCUCCUUUACCAAAAACUAUAUCGCGAGAGGAUUUAGCGAAAUUCCUUCGCCAGUUUGGUGCAGUUAAAAGGGAUCGUUUUGGACGGAAUUCUCUAUGGAUUGAAUAUUAUGAUAGUGCACCUGUUAAUCUUUUAAUGAGCAAGUCAAAUUGGUUUCCAAAUGAAAAAUUAUGUCUGAGAAGAAUUAAGAAAAAUAGAGAAAAUGCUGGAUUUAACAGAGAAAAAAAAGCUAAUAAUAUACAAAAUAAAACUGAGGAAGAAGAAGAUCCAAUAGGUUAUGAUCGUAUAAAAGGUUUUAUUGAAACUGAAAUAACAUUUGAUGGCCAAUUAACAGCGCUUUUGAAUACAAUACAGCUUACUGAAUUUGAAUUAAAAACACGAUACGAUGUCAUUUGCACUCACUUGAAUGAGAUAUUUAGACCAAUCUUUCCAGAGUGUCAAACAUAUAAAUUUGGUUCGACAGUAGCUGGUUUGAGUUUUAAAGAGAGUGAUUUGGAUAUUUAUAUGUACGUUGGUGAAAUUGGUUUACCACCGGCUUGUCAUAAACCAGAUAUUCCACCAUAUAUGCUAACACUAACAAUAUUCAAAAGAGUAAGGAGAAUUAUGUAUAGCAUGAAGUCUGUUUUUUCCAAUAUAAUAUCGAUCCCUAAAGCAAAAACGCCUAUUAUAAAAUUUCGUUACAUACCGACUAAUGUCUCUUGCGAUAUCUCUUUCAAGAAUAGUCUAGGUAUUUAUAAAAGUAAUUUCCUACAUUAUUGUGCAUCGCAUGAUCCUCGAUUACGACCACUAAUGCUGCUCAUCAAGUAUUGGGCGAGGCAUUUUGGAGUUUCCGGUAUUGGAAGAAUUUCUAGUUAUGGAUUAAUAUGUCUGAUUAUCUUUUAUCUUCAACAAGAAUCAGUCGGUCUUCUUCCAUCUUUACUAGAUCUUCAAAAAACAUGUGUUCCGCACAUUAUGUACGGAUGGCAAGUAAAUUUUAAUGAGAAUACCGUAUUACCGCCUAUCAGCAACAGCAGUAGUAUUGCAGAAUUAUUUCACAAUUUCUUCUCUUUUUAUGCCACGUUUCACUUUAAUUCAUGUGUGAUAUGUUUGUUGGACGGAAAAACAUAUUUAGCAGCUGACUUUACGCAAAUAGACAAGUUACCUGAUUAUAUGGACAGAUACAAAACUUGCAUCAUGGAGAAUAGUGCCAAGAAAUUAGAUGUUCACAAACCAUUAUGCCUUCAAGAUCCAAUUGAACUUAAUCAGAAUACAGCAGCAAUUACAUCGGACCGUGCAUUAAUAGCGUUCCAACAUUAUUGCGUAUUUAGCGCCGAAAUUUGUGCAGCCGCUAAAGUAAAUAAUUACGAAAAUUUAUUGAAAAUAUUAUUUAGUACAGUACCUCCUCAAUUAAUAUCGACGAAAAAAAGAAAAAAGAAAUUUAAAAGUACGAUACGGGCUGGUCGUUUCCUUCAUGCUGGAUUACCAAGUGACUUUGAAACACGUACAGAUAUUUCUAACAAAGAACAGUAUAAAAAAGAUAAUUGGUAUUUCAUGAUUUUUAAUUUAAUAAGAGAUAUCUUCGAAAUGAUCUUUAAAUUACAAGUCGAGGUACUCCUUGAUCAAGAAGCGAAACAACAAAAAGUUGAAGUAUUAUCCGAUGUACAUACUAGGAGUCAUCAGAAAAUAACGUUUCAUUGCACAGGCAAUAAAUGUGUAUGGUAUAACAGAAAGAAAAAUAAUAGAACUCUAUUGGACGUUCAAUUAAGUCUAUUGGAGAAAGAAGCUAUUAUGUCAGACAAGGUAAUGGAACAAUUGGACGAUGAGACGAAUAACAUCAAGCUAGAUUUUAUAUGUACAUUAGAAAAGGCGGAUAAUCCUGUAGCAGUAAUUAUAAUCUUAAACGAUGAGGAUAGUCAGAAUCACAUCUUUCGACAAUUUGAAUGCUUUGUAAACAGUUGGAUACCAAAAAUAAUAGAGAAAACAUUGUUACAUAUGUUACAAUUUAAAAAGACUUACAGCCAAUUACUGUACUACAAGAAACCGUGAUGGUCCUGUGCAUAUGUAUGUGUAUAUAUCACAUACACAUUUUAGCAUGUAUGGACCAAAGAUUAACAAUAUUUUAUAUAAUUUCAUCAAUGUAAUUUAAUUUGUAAUAACAUUAGAAGUCAUUAAUUUCUAAUAUUAGGUUCUUCUAAUAUUAGGUAAUAUUCUAAUAUUAGGUAAUAUUAGGUUCAAAUAUAUGU